ACAGUUAAUUAUCUGAUGAGCUUGGGAGUGUUUUGAAUGGUAAUAAAUUUGCUAAGCUUACCUGACUCACACUUUGGUAUUUAAUAUUAGAAUACAUAAUAUUCAAGAGAGAUACUAAGACAUUAAAGGAGAGGAGGUGAGCUUGUAUUAUCACCAUCUUAUGAUGGUGAACUACGUAAGUUCAUGGGUUGAAAUACUUCAGGGAACCAAUUGGUAGCUUUGUCCUUUUUCACGUACAGUUAGGAGUUUUAGUUCUUACAUUUCCCUUUGUCUCCUCCCCCCCCACCCCCCUUACUACUACCUAUAAGUUGAUCGCUCUAAGGUUUUAUGUUUUGGUUUACUUGAUACCUAAUAGAUGUUUCAGAAUGUGACUCCACUGUUGUAAACCUCCCUGUUGUUCCUUUUAGAGGUUUUUCUACAGUGGACUUGUAGAUGGGAUACCUAACGAAAAUUAUUAUUUACUGUAUGUCUUGAGAGCCUGCUGUUUGCUAUAUAGCAAUAUGGCUGGUCAUCUGGCCCCAUGAGUGGACUACUUAAAAGGACCAUCAUUAGUGUCUUACUUCCUUCACUUUUUAUUCUGUAGUUGCUGAUUGGUCAUGCCUUUUUUCAAUAUUAGCUGCAUCAGGUGGCUGGUUUCUCUAUCUCUUUUCUUUUGCUUUAAAAAAGUCUUUUCUGUGACUCCCAUCAAACCUUCCAAAGUGCAUUUGAUACCUUGGCUAUCCUAUUGCUUUUCCUGGGGCACAAAGAGUGAAUAAGCAAUGUCUGCUUGGUCCCUGGCCAGGCUGUAGAACCGAGAGAAAGAGGGUCAUGUGCCUUUUGUGUUUAAGUCAUUGUGGGUGGUGAGAGGAAUGAGAAAUAGUCCUUGCCUUAAAAGAAUUUGCAAUUUAAGGAAGGGCACAACAGAAUAUAGUCACAAAUUACAAAAUCUAAGUAGCAGUCUCAUAAAUUUUAGAGAUGACUGUAGGGUUUCAGAUUGAUGUUGAAUUUGGUAUGUUUAAGUGGGAAUGCUUAAUCCACGAUCUGCAUAGAUCUGUGGAGUGAAAUUAAUGCUAUAAUAGGGCAUGUGGCUGUGUAAGGGCUGAGGCAUGCUGUGAAUGAAGUGACUACAUUGGGUGGGAUUGAUAAAAAUGGUUUCUUGAAGGAGGUAUCUAGGUAGCGUUGGGAUACGGGUCCCAUUUUGGUCCGUUCAGGUCCCCACCCCACACAAUAUAUUAUGGGAGAGUCCUUUUUCUUGAACUGUAGGAGUUCCAGGAAGCGCUCGCCCCUGGCCGAGGAUAUGUCCUUGCAAAACACGAGCCCUCCUAGUGAAGAGGGGAUGUCACCCAAAGCCUACCACCGGAAGUGUUUGGUGAUGACUCUGAGAUCUCCAAGGAAUCAUCAGGAGUAAAGAAGCGACGGAUACCGCGUUUUGAGGAGGUGGAAGAGGAGCCUGAAGUGAUCCCUGGGCCUCCCUCAGAGAGUCCUGGCAUGCUGACUAAGCUCCAGAUCAAACAGAUGAUGGAGGCAGCAACACGGCAAAUUGAGGAGAGGAAGAAACAGCUGAGCUUCAUUAGCCCCCCUACACCUCAGCCAAAGACUCCUUCUUCUUCCCAGCCAGAGCGACUUCCAAUUGGCAACACUAUUCAGCCCUCCCAGGCUGCCACUUUCAUGAAUGAUGCCAUUGAGAAGGCGAGGAAAGCAGCUGAACUACAAGCCCGCAUCCAAGCCCAGCUGGCACUGAAGCCAGGGCUCAUUGGCAACGCCAACAUGGUGGGCCUGGCCAAUCUCCACGCCAUGGGCAUUGCUCCCCCGAAGGUGGAGUUAAAAGAUCAAACUAAACCUACACCACUGAUUCUCGACGAGCAAGGUCGCACUGUAGAUGCAACAGGCAAAGAGAUUGAGCUGACACAUCGCAUGCCCACUCUGAAGGCCAAUAUUCGUGCUGUGAAAAGGGAACAGUUCAAACAACAGCUAAAAGAAAAGCCAUCAGAAGACAUGGAGUCUAAUACUUUUUUUGACCCUCGAGUCUCAAUUGCCCCUUCCCAGCGCCAGAGACGCACUUUUAAAUUCCAUGACAAGGGCAAAUUUGAGAAGAUUGCCCAACGAUUACGGACAAAGGCUCAACUGGAGAAGCUGCAGGCAGAGAUCUCACAGGCAGCUCGAAAAACAGGCAUCCAUACUUCCACUAGGCUGGCCCUCAUUGCUCCUAAAAAAGAACUAAAGGAAGGAGAUAUCCCUGAAAUUGAGUGGUGGGACUCUUACAUCAUCCCCAAUGGCUUUGACCUUACAGAGGAAAAUCCCAAGAGAGAAGAUUAUUUUGGAAUCACAAAUCUUGUUGAACAUCCAGCCCAACUCAACCCUCCAGUUGACAAUGACACACCAGUUACUCUGGGGGUAUAUCUUACCAAGAAGGAACAGAAGAAACUUCGAAGGCAAACAAGGAGGGAAGCACAGAAGGAACUACAAGAGAAAGUCAGGCUAGGCCUGAUGCCUCCUCCAGAACCCAAAGUGAGAAUUUCAAAUUUGAUGCGAGUAUUAGGAACAGAAGCUGUUCAAGACCCCACGAAGGUAGAAGCCCAUGUCAGAGCUCAGAUGGCAAAAAGACAGAAAGCGCAUGAAGAGGCCAACGCUGCCCGAAAACUUACAGCAGAACAGAGAAAGGUCAAGAAAAUUAAAAAGCUUAAAGAAGACAUUUCACAGGGGGUACACAUAUCUGUAUAUAGAGUUCGAAAUUUGAGCAACCCAGCCAAGAAGUUCAAGAUUGAGGCCAAUGCUGGGCAACUGUACCUGACAGGGGUGGUGGUACUGCACAAGGAUGUCAACGUGGUAGUAGUGGAAGGGGGCCCCAAGGCCCAGAAGAAAUUUAAGCGUCUUAUGCUGCAUCGGAUAAAGUGGGAUGAACAGACAUCUAACACAAAGGGAGAUGAUGAUGAGGAAUCUGAUGAGGAAGCUGUGAAGAAAACCAACAAAUGUGUACUAGUCUGGGAGGGUACAGCCAAAGACCGGAGCUUUGGGGAGAUGAAGUUCAAACAGUGCCCUACAGAGAACAUGGCUCGAGAGCACUUCAAAAAGCAUGGGGCUGAACACUACUGGGACCUUGCUCUGAGUGAAUCUGUGUUGGAGUCUACCGACUGAAACUACUGCGAGCCCUUGCCUCUCCUUUCCUGCCUUUGUCUCUUCAGUCCUCUUAUUCUACUUCCCAAACCAGUUCCACUUGUGUGUGUGAUUUCAGAACUGUGCCAAGCUGACAUGGGGACAAAGGGAAAAUACCUUAUACCCUUCCCCAGUCAGCCUGGUGCCGCCCUUUAUUCCCCUCAUGUGCAUAUGAUUAAAGAGUUAUUUUUAAA